UGGCCUGCAAAAGGGUUCUGUUUUCCACAAUCUCCAGCAUUUAGUACUAUAAGUAGAACCCCCCAAAAGCAGACCAACUUCAGUAGCUCUCAUUAUGUCACCUCUUCUGCACAUUCUCCUGACACUCGCUGGCAGCUGCUGCGCUUCCAGCCAAGUGCUGUAUCCCCCACAGUACACAAACACACGCAUUGUGGGUGGCGAGGAGGCGCCCGAGGGCCUGGCACCCUACCAAAUAUCGCUGCAGGGAGCAGCCAGUGGGCGGCACUCGUGCGGCGGUGCCAUCAUCGAUGAGCGCUGGAUCAUCACGGCUGCCCACUGUACACGCGGCAAGCAGGCGAGCGAGUUCCGCGUGCUCGCUGGCACACAGGAUCUGCAGCAGAACGCAACGAAGUAUUACUAUCCGGAUAGGAUCGUGGAGCACUGCAACUACGAGCCACGCAAGUACCGCAACGACAUUGCCCUGCUGCACCUGAACGAGUCGUUUGUGUUUGACAAUGCCACGCAGAAGGUGGAGCUGGAUCAUGAGCCACUGGUGCCGGGUUCUCGUCUGCUGCUCACUGGCUGGGGCACUCUGUCGCUGGGUGGCGAUGUGCCCACUCGCCUGCAGAGCCUGGAGGUCAAGUAUGUGCCCUACGAGCAGUGUCGAGCGGCACAUGACAACAGCAGCAGGGUGGACAUUGGCCACGUGUGCACCUACAACGACAAGGGACGUGGCGCCUGUCAUGGCGAUUCGGGUGGUCCACUGGUGCACAAUGGACGACUGGUGGCUCUGGUCAACUGGGGCAUGCCCUGCGCUAGGGGUUAUCCAGAUGCUCAUGCCUCGAUUGCCUACUAUCACGACUUUAUACGCACUCAUUUGAGUCUAACCGAAACGGAGAGCGAUCCAGAGGGUAAUCCAGAGGAAUUGACUGUGUCCCAGCGUGGCAGACAUUGCAGCUGAAUA